AAUAUUCUCCAAGAACAUUUGUCAUCUGCGUGUCAUUUAUAAAAAGAGAAGACAGGAUGACCGGAUACAAAGUGAUAUAAAAGGGAGAGGUCAAACGAAUGGCAGUAGAUAAGUAGGAGGAAGGACUCGGAGCUAUCUCCGCGUUAGGAAGGCUAGACCAUCAUAAAUGCAAGACAUAGGUAGUACCUCGCAGGAUGAUCCCCCGCAUUUAAAAAGAGGUUCUCUUCUGUUUAUCUACAUUGCCUCGAACCCUGAGCCCACAUUCCUUCUAGACACGACUGAUUUGAAAUAUGGAGAUUCGGAAAGCUCUAGUCACUGGUGGUCUUGGGUUCGUGGGAUCAGCAAUUGUCAAUGCCCUUCACGAAAAAUAUCCUUCUUGUUUGGUCACAAUUCUGGACAUUUCCGACGAUACCUAUGGUCCCGGCAAGGGGUGGAAAAUACCAUCCAAUGUCGAUUAUAUGGCAUGCGAUAUUCUCAACUCCGAGGAUUUAGCAAGAAGCCUUUUGCAUGUCAAACCGGACGUCGUUAUUCAUACGGCGGGAAUAGUUCCUCAUUUGAGUGAAAGAUACCAUCGUAGGAUAGAGAAGAAAGUACAACAAAUCAAUGUUGAGGGGACUCGUAAUGUAUUGAAUGCCACGAGAGAUGCUGGAAUAGGCGCAUUUGUGUAUACAAGUAGCUGUUGUUGUGUGAUUGAUGAUUGGUCACAUCCCUAUCCAAACAUCGAUGAAAGAUGGCCCACGGCGAAAAAAUCAUCAAUAUAUGGCGAAUCAAAGGUAAUCAUUUCUAGAUAUGUGGAGCUACUUGGCUAACUCGAAUAAAAGGCAGAGGCUGAGGCAAUUGUCCUAGCAGCAAAUUCACCUACCUUCUCAGCAUGCAUCCUCCGGCCAUCAGUCCUUAUGGGUCCGGGUGAUCACCAGCUUAUCCCACCUAUUCAUGCCUGUAUAGCAAAACGAGAAACUCCCUUCAUUAUUGGAUCUGCCGAUAAUCUCUGGGAUAUAACCUAUGUUUCAAAUGUUGCUGAUGCUCAUAUUCUUGCAGCCGAGAAUCUCCUUUCAAACACGCCCACUGCUGCCGGAGAGAUCUUCUUCAUACAAAACAAUACGCCCAUCACAUUCCGAGAUUUUAGCAUAGCUGUAUGGAAGGAAUUCGGACACAUUCCCUCUUAUGAAGUGACAAUACCAGAAAAUUUAGCUUGGGUGGCGGGUUUAUUGGCAGAAGUUGCGACAUGGUUAACUGGGUCAAAGGAACCGACUCUGAGUAGAGGUAGCGUGAAUGAUGCUUGUGCCGUAAGAUAUGCGAGUGGUGAGAAGGCGAAAAGAAUCCUGGGAUAUGAAGCAAAAGUAGAUUUGGAGGAGGGGAUUCGAUUGAGUUGUGAGGAGUAUAAGACGAGACUCGCGAGUCGAGAGAAGGGCGAAAUGAUGUGAGGGUAAUUGUGCAGUUGUGGUUCAGUAGAAAUUUUAGAAAAAAAACAGACGAAGAGUGAUGGCAGAAGAUGGUUGAGCCUAAUAAUAAAGAGUAGUAGCCAUUAAAUCCAGUAAUGUACCCAGAGCGAUAUAUCGUAUCCGACAGGACAAUACCUUGGACUUGGGGAAGCGGCAUCAAAGUGUUCCGCUCUUCUGCGCAUGCAAACAGUGUCUUGUGCAGCUAUCAACAUUGGUCCAAAGCCUCCGCAAAUCUAUGCGAUGCCAAUACUUUCUUUCAUUCCACCCGCAUAUCUCGUAUAUUUCCAUGUGUAUCGGGUGCAUCGCACAGAUCUCGUUGGGGCUUUCGUGUUACUGG